GGCUGGUCACAGGUGAUUGGGCAGACGUGUAACAAUCACAGGGGAUUAAACAACUGACCAAGAAGAUUAAACAACUGACCAACAAGAUUAGAAGAUUAAACCAUCUGACCGAGAGAUUCUAACUGACCACGAGAGAAAAUGUACACAUUAGCCGUCUCAAUAAUUCUGACGUCACUGAUUACACAAUCAGGUGGCCAGCUGUUUAAUUACCUGAGUUCAAUGAACAACCCAAGCUCUCAUGCAAUUAGUCCCAUGUAUUCAUUCGCCUCUCAGAUGCCCGGAUCCAUCCACAACUCUAUAACACCACAGUCAAGCUCCAACCUCCCCUCCCCUCAAGCUCCGCAGGUGCUGCUGGACGCUCUCAAGGGCUCUCACGGACCCCCCGUCGGUGCCGCCCAACCCCCAAGCCCCAUGGAAAACUUGAUGAGCAUGUUUGGUGGGAUGGGCUCACAAGCCUCCAACACAGCCCCCAGCAGCUCGUCUCUACCUGUCACUGUUGGGCUGCGACAGAUGGUGACCAAGUGGGCCACACAACUGGGCCACAAGGCCUACUACGAGGCCCACGGGUGUGUUGACCCCUCCACCACCCUGCACGGACGACACGGCAAGAUGGCCGCCAUGGCCAUGAUGUUGGGAUGCAACAGCCCACAGGCCGGCGAGGUGUGUGACGUGGCUCAGCUGGCCCACGGUGGGCCGCAAGGGGCCAACGCCCGUCUGAUGAUGGAGAUGUUGAUGCCCAGACAAACCAAGACAAUGCUAGAACAGUGCCUGACGCCAUCAACGUUGAUGAAUGGCUUCAUGGGAGGGGCAGCCUCACAACAAGAAGGAUUAACUCCACCAAAUGGGGCGGCUGGUUCCCCCGCUGGUCACAAGCAACCAGUCGAUUGUUCAGCGGUCACCCAGAUGUUGAUGAUGAGCCCCACGGCGGCUGAAGGUCUGAUGAGCCCAGAGAGUCUGGAGCAGAUCGGUCACAUGAGAAACAAGUACCUAAAAAUGGCGUGCCAAGAGAACAUGAUCCUAGGGACAUUACCCUACAGGCUCUGUUGCCCAGGCCACGUGAGACCACCUACAAUGGAGGAGGCUAUGAUGAUAAGGAGUAUGGCAGCUGGUGCAUAACAAGGUAGCCACUAGCAGUAAAAGAAAGAACAAGGUAGCCACUAGCAGUAAAAGAACAAGGUAGCCACUAGCAGUAAAAGAAAGAACAAGGUAGUCACUAGCAGUAAAGGAACAAGGUAGCCACUAGCAGUAAAAGAACAAGGUAGUCACUAGCAGUAAAGGAACAAGGUAGCCACUAGCAGUAAAAGAAAGAACAAGGUAGCCACUAGCAGUAAAGGAACAAGGUAGCCACUAGCAGUAAAAGAAAGAACAAGGUAGCCACUAGCAGUAAAAGAACAAGGUAGUCACUAGCAGUAAAAGAACAAGGUAGCCACUAGCAGUAAAAGAAAGAACAAGGUAGCCACUAGCAGUAAAAGAACAAGGUAGCCACUAGCAGUAAAGGAACAAGGUAGUCACUAGCAGUAAAAAAAAACACCAGUUAGACCUACAGAAACAACAGGAAAUAUUGGAGAAAACUAAGAACUCAAUACUUCAAUUAGUGACACAAAUGAUUUGACUCUGGGAAGAUUGCCACUCAACAUUACAGCAAAUAAUUGUUUUGGUAAAUACAGAACUUUGACCAACAUUACAGCAAAUAAUUGUUUUGGUAAAUACAGAACUCUGACCAACAUUACAGCAAAUAAUUGUUUUGGUAAAUACAGAACUUUGACCAACAUUACAGCAAAUAAUUGUUUUGGUAAAUACAGAACUUUGACCAACAUUACAGCAAAUAAUUGUUUUGGUAAAUACAGAACUUUGACCAACAUUACAGCAAAUAAUUGUUUUGGUAAAUACAGAAGUUUGACCAACAUUACAGCAAAUAAUUGUUUUGGUAAAUACAGAACUCUGACCAACAUUACAGCAAAUAAUUGUUUUGGUAAAUACAGAACUCUGACCAACAUUACAGCAAAUAAUUGUUUUGGUAAAUACAGAACUUUGACCAACAUCCACAAUUAGCAGCAGGACACCAAGUACCAUAACACGUCUAUGUCUAGGGACACACUUUGGGUCUGUGACUCACAGAGUUGUGUCCCAUUGGUCAGUGCCAGAUUCAUGCAGCAGGCUGCAAACUUCUGGGUGGAUCCUGUCAGCUGAUUGGUUGUUUUCCUGAGACCUUCACCUUGUGAAUGGCUGAUAUUUUCCCUUUUUUUCUAUCCAUAUUUUAUUAAUGAGCUUUCAAUUUUGAUUAGCCAUGUUUUAGUUGUGAGGGAUUAAACCAUACAUAAAA